ACCGGGAAUCGGUUUAAAACGGAAACUCGACCUACGAAAAUUAAAUUCGAUAGCUUGACACACUUUAGGGUAUAUAAACAAAAUAACAACAUCCAUGGCUUCAGCACAGAGAUCGCGAGUGCCACCAGAUAUGGCCGUUGGAUUUAUUGGCGCUGGUCGCAUGGCACAGGCUAUGGCCCGAGGAUUUAUAACUUCAGGUAUUAUAAAGGCAGGCAAUAUAACAGCAAGUGAUCCAGACCCACGAAUGCUUAAUUAUAUCAAAAAGAAUUUAGGUAUAAAUAUAACAGAUUCCAACAAAGAAGUGGUACAGAAGAGUCAAAUGAUCGUGCUAGCAGUGAAGCCAAAUGUUGUCAGUCUGGUAUUACAGGAAGUAUCACCCACCGUAUCCAAGGAAAAACUGGUCGUCUCCAUAGCAGGGGGAAUCCCCAUUUCAUUUAUUGAAAAGAACCUCCCAGAAGGUUCAAAGGUUAUACGUGUGAUGCCAAACACGCCGGCCCUCGUGCUGGCUGCAGCGUCUGUACUUGCUCCAGGAAAGGAGGUUGAUUCAAAUGAUACAGAGCUUGUCAUUGAACUGUUGCAAUGUUUUGGUAUUGUGGAACCAGGCUCAGAGAAGUUGCUAGAUGCUGUAACUGGCCUCAGUGGAAGUGGACCAGCUUAUGCAUUUACUGCUAUAGAAGCUCUCUCUGAUGGAGGUGUAAAAAUGGGUCUACCCAGAGAUCUUGCAAUAAAAUUGGCAGCACAGACAUUAUUGGGGGCAGCAAAAAUGGUGUUAGAAACAGGAAAACAUCCAGGACAAUUAAAAGACGAGGUUUGCUCGCCGGGUGGGACCACUAUUGCAGCCAUGCAUAAACUUGAAAGAGGAGGCUUUAGGGCUACCCUUAUAGAUGCUGUUGAAGCGGCGACGCUAAGAGCCAAAGAACUAGGUGAAACAAAGUGAUGUGCUAAAUUGACUGAUGCAGCAAUGUGAUUGGAUGUUGAGAGAUACUGUGAAGACAUUAAUAAUCAGGAGGGACUAAAUCGAGGUGUUGUCAGUCUCCGAUGGACAAGCAAAAUUCUUAUUGUUUCGUUUUUUUUAUUUGAUAUUGAAAUCCACGAAUUUCUUCCGCAAAAUAGUGGUUUUGGCAGAAACCAUGAAAACUAAAUCCCAACGAAAUUUAAUCAAUUUACAGGAAACUAGGAAAAUGUGUUCACAGAUAAUCUGGAAUAUAGGUUGAUGUCGAUAGAAUUGAUUUCUAGAAUCUCAGUUUGAUAUUUUAUAUGGUGAAAGGGAGGUAACAAUUGAUGAUGGAAUGAGAGGUAAUUAUGUCUUCCCCCCACUGGGGGAGACAUAUUGUUUUUUCCCUGUCUGUCCGUCUGUCCAUCCGUCACACUUCAUUUCCGGAACCUUCAACUAUGCAUUGGGGGAGACAUGCGCUUUCCUACAAAAGCAUCUUCUGGUUAAUGAUGAAUUUUGUAAUGGAAACUCUUUAUCAGGAUAUUGUCAUAAUUGUGGCUUUUAAACAACUGACAAAAUUCAUAAUCAAAGACGUUUAAUACAGAAGAGUUAUUCAUCUUAUAGUAACCCUUCUAUUAUGACUUUAGAAAUUCAAGGGAGUAGACAGACAGCAAUAAUUAAAAUAUGCAACAUGAUUUAUCUGGAAUUCUGUUUUUUUUUUCGUUUUAGGAUUAAAAACUGGGUUUUUUUUAACUUUUUUUAAUGAAGGGACCCAUAAUAUGGGCACUAAGAUUGGACGAGUACCUGUGGGUUUGUUAGGGAACAUACCUUUUUUUUGCAGAAUUUUGUGAUGCUAUUUUACAGAUGUUAAGAACAUGUACAUUAACUGGGCAUUUCUAUGUUCUGAUGUGAUAUUUUACUAUUUUAGCACCAUUCUAUGCAGAUUCUUUUUUAUCCAAGAGAUUUAAGUGUGAAAAUAAAAAUGCUUUGCAUAUUCUUUGAGAGAUAUAAACAUAAAGUUAAACUGUUUGUACAUGAUCUCAUGUCACAUCAAUUAAAUUGGUUUUUAUAUAAUUUGUUGUUGAUACAUUCUUACACCUCAUAGCACAAAAGUGUAUGUUAUUUAAGAAAGGGUCACAAAAAAGCUGAACAAAGUUUAAAUAGCCAAUUUCUGAAGGUUUAAGCACAGGCAUUAUCUUACUGAGGUUUUUUGUGUAGGCCAGCUACUGUGAAAUCAUUAAUAUUCGUGGGGGACUAAUUUUCGUGGAUUUUUUGGUGGAGUCAAUCCACGAAAUUUAAUCCCAACAAACAAAUAAAAUUCCCAUUCACUUUAUGUUCGAAAGUUGUAAUCCACGAAUUCAUAUCCCCACGAAUCUGCCGUUUUGACUAAAACCACGAAAUUUCAUGCCCACGAAAUUAAAUGAUUUCACAGUAUUUAUAGAAAGCAUACACUUACUAACUGGCAAGCCAUUUAAUAAAAUGUUUUAUUAUAUGACUUCAGAAAUCAAUUUUCCACAAACGUUUUAUGUUAUACCCCCGGUGUCUUUCUGUCUGUCCGUCGGUUAGCAAUUUUGUGUCAGCUCUGUAACCCUUGAAACCUUUGAAGGAUUUCGAGGAAACUUGACACAAAUGUUCACCACAUCAAGAUGGCAUGCAAAGUGCAUGUUCUGAAUGGCUCACUUCAAGGUCAAGGUCACACUUGGGGGUUAAAGGUCAUAUGACUGUUUCAUAUCCACCCUGUAACUCUUAAAACUGCUUAACGGAUUUUAAAGAAACUUUGUACAAAUGUUCUCCAAAUCAAGAUGAUGUGCAGAGCGCAUGUUUUAGUUGGCUCGCUUCAAGGUCAAGGUCACACUUGUGAGUCAAAGGUCAUACCUGAACCCCUUGAAGGAUUUCAAUGAAACUUUACACAAAUGUUCAGUACUUCGUGACAAUUUGCAUCUGUCCGCUCUGUAACUCGUUAACUUCUUGAAGGAUUUUAAAGAAACUUGGCACAAAUGUUCACCACAUCAAGACGUGCAGAGCACGUUUCAGAUGGCAUGCUUCAAGGUCAAGGUCACACUUGGGGGUCAAAGGUCAUACCCUUGGAUGUAUAUUGCUCCUCAUUGCGGUGCUUUUGUUUUAAAUUUGACCUUAGCCCAGCAGCAAGUAUUGACUAGUCAUGCAGCAUAAACUAUGGAUUUAUAUAAGGUUUCAUGUACUGUAAUGAAUAGAGGAUAUUACACAAGCGUCUUUUCAUACUGAAUUUAUUAAACUCGUUAAAUAAACUCUGCCGAGCAUUUUAUCAAUUUUGUUUAACAAGUUCAAUAAAUUCAAUGUGGAAAGACACAAAUGUAAUAUUCUUUUUAUUACAUGUAAGCUUUUCCUGCUGAAACAUCAGAAUUUCGUCUUUCUUUACCUAUUAUAGACCCAGUAAAUUUGAUCAAUGUCUCCUAUACCUAAAAUGAUGUCAAUGUCAACGCCUUAUUACACUAGUGUAUUAUCAAAUUUAUGUAAUGGCUUUAUUUCACUCCCAAUACAUCAAAGGUGAUGAUAUACCCUUAUUUAAUGGCUUGCCUGUCAAUAUUUACAACUAUUUGCCAGAGGCCCAAGGCAAGCUAUUCUGAAUCAGUCGGUGUCUUAUGACCUGAUACUCUAAAUGAAUUUCAGUUUUUUUUAACUUUAUAGUCCGGGCUGGCAAAUAUGUGUAGUCCUUUAAACAGCACAAAAAAUGGACUGGCAUUUUAUAUAAGGACCAUCGAGGUACUAUAGAUGUUGCAGAAAGGACCAUUGAUGUAUACAAAUAGCUGUGCUCAAUGAUAGCUUUGAUGCUUUUCUAGGAAGAUCAACAGUUUCUGUAGAUAAAAUCAGUCUUUUUGUGCUCCCCCCCCCCCCCCACCGAAAUUUUUUUUUGAGAGGUUCGAUUUAUGCAACAAUUUGACUUUUGAUCAGCCAGGAAUGUAGCUGAUAGCUGUUACUUUCUCCAUACAAAACAUUUUAUCAUUUCACUAAUUAGUGUUUAUUAGAAUUGACUGUCUGAUAUUAAUGAGCCCUGGGCCCAUAUUCAUAAAGCUCCUAAGGAGAAACUUAGGAAAAUCCUCAACUUUGUAAAAUUUCCUAAACAACAUAGCACAAAAGAAAAGUGUAAACUUUAUAAGACUUAUUGAUAAUCUUCAUUACUAUACCAGACUCUAUGAGACAAUAUUGUUAGACAUUCCAAAUAUCUCGACGACUGUCCACAAAAAUGCUUCGGAAAUUUUCCCUUAGGAGCUUUAUGAAUACGGGCCUUGGAGUAAUCUGUCAAUUUGCAAAAGCAGAAGGAAGCUUAAAAUUGGAAUGUUACUGUUGCUUCCACUUACUUUCAAAAUCAAAUAGAGGUGACUCUCACACCUUUUAGGUAAAAUCUGUUCCUCACAAAAAUCAUUAAAAUAUGGUUGCUAUAAAUACAAAGAGUGGUACAAACUUACUGAAAUAUGAAUUUUGCAAGAUAUCCUAAAAUUUUCCAAAAGUAUUAUGCAGCAAGGAAUAAACCGUUGAAACGUUUUUGAUGUAAUUGAGAAAAUCCACAUUCUCUUUGACCAAUAUCUAAAAUUCAUUUUCAUGCAGUUUAUCAUUUUUUCAGUGUCACAUAUACAUUCUAUGAAAAACUUUGGGAAACAUACAUGUACAUGUUGAAAAAUUUCCCUCCGUCUAUGGGCAAGUACAACUUGCUUUUAAAAUUCAAACAGCCAUUUAUUGCCCACUAAAUUCUACAUUAAUUUUAUGCAAUGUAAGUUCUGCCUUCUUGCUUGUUUAACAUAUAGUUAAGGGAAUUUCCAUUUUAACAUACUUAGGAUAUCAAAUUUAAGUAGACAAAUAUUUCUAACAUAUAUUUUGAACACAUAAAGCAUGUACCACAAAUUCAGUGGAAGAAUGGACAGUAUCAAUAUGGAGGAUGUUUUCUUUGGACAGAAGUAGAUGCACAACAAUGAAAUAUUAAUCUUUUUAUUACAAAUGAUACAUAUAUAAAAAUAUAAUGACAACAGAAACAGGAACUGCUUUUGAAAACUUAGCUAUAAAAUGUAACUGCUUGUGUAACUGACGUAUACAAAUAUGUAUUGCCGUAUAACCUGUAUUAAGCAAACAGUCAAAGUGGCAACUUGAGAUAUGUUGAAAUUCGAACAAAGUCAACCUGGGAAGUUGGUCUGACAGGCUGCUCAAGGCAAGUGACUGCUCAAUACAGGUGGCUUCUAAGGGAGAUUCAACCUUAGUACCAAAUGAAACAUAUAUAACAUUAGAUCUAAACCAACAAAACUUGAGAUAUUUUUCACUGAACUGUUUUCCAUUAUUUACGGUACACUGCUGCAAUGACUCACUGCUACAUACUAUUCUAUUCUUUUUUAGGGAAAAUAGGGUACCAGAUGUGUAAGGAAAAGGUGUUAAAAAUGAAUUCUGAUUUGUGGUAAAAUCUUUGAAUAUAUACAAAAUAAAAAGAGUUUCUAUAUACAUGCAUAAAAGCCUAGUGAUGUUUGUAAUUUAUGUACAAAUGCAUGAUAAUUGAUAUUUAGAUAAUUACCAUAUUCAUUAUAAUAACAUAUACAGUCUUAAGGACAUUCCUUGUCAGGAAAAUCAGAAAAUAUAUGCAACAGUUGUUUUUAUUUUCAAACAGACUUGUCACUGGAAAGAGGUUAGCUUGACUAUGAAGAAAUACCGAAGCUUAGAUUAAUUGCCUCACUGGUCUUUAGUCAGCGCAUCAGGGCGGGCCUUAUUAUGUAAGUUAAAUGUGGAGGCACACAAUCAAGAAUAAGGUUUCAAAAUGCAACUUUUUGGUUGACAGAUUAUUUUAAAUUAAAACAUAUUUUUUGUCAAUUUGUUAUAUUGGUAUUUCACACCAUUUAGUUACUGACAAAUUUUAUGUUGUUAGUUCUGAAAAAAAAAAGAA